UGUACCAUACAAAUUAUACAUUGGACGAUUUAUUCGUUGAUAUUUACAUUCCAUUUCAUUGCGAAUUCUUGGUGGUACACAAAGAAGACGGCCAGAAUUUUGUCUUCACAGAAGUGUAUCGCGUAGACCGCUCCCUGCCUCUACGAACACACCAGUUCGCCAACCUCUCGUAUCUUGCACGUGGACUUAUUAAACGAAGACCAGAUCUACAGGGUUUAGUUCUCAGAUCUGCCGUAAUAAACGCGGGAUUCUACGCAAACUUUAAGAAGAAAUUUGGAGACGAAGUUGUAGAAAUCGGCGGAUAUUUUGGAGAAGUCUGGAACAUCCUGCAGGAAGUACUCAACUUCACAACCAAAUUCUGCGCAACGAACGAGAGAAUCUGGGGUUCUGAUAUGCUGAACGGCUCCUGGAAUGGGCUGAUCGGAAUGCUAACAAGACACGAAGUAAACGUAGCCACGGCAAAUAUCAUUGUUACUCCAGAACGGGUUGCCGUAGUGGACUUCCUCGCACCUCUGUUAAAUAUCAGGACGACGGUUCAUAUACGGAAACCGGAACCAGUUUCGAACUUCAGCAACUUAAUGAGAGCCUUCGACAUUGCACUUUGGAGCGCUCUGGUGGUGACUGUGGCAGUGUUGUCAACAUGUCUUUCGGCGGUCUGGUAUUAUUUAAGAAGUCACUUAAAAAUGAGUCUCCGUGAUAUUGUUAAUGAAUCAUUUUUCCAUAUAUUUGGAAGCUUCGUAUAUCAAGGUUCGAAGAUAAACGCAAAGUCAUCGGCGAUACGUACAGUAUCUGUGACGUCAUACCUAACAGCGACGAUACUAAUGGCGGCUUAUUCAGCAGUAUUCAUAUCUUACCUCACAGUUCAGGACCUGAAGCUUCCAGUCGCAACAUUCCAGGACCUCCUAAAGGAUGGGCGCUACCGUUUACUUUCAGUUACCGGAACGGCCCAGCUCAACUACUUUGAUCAAUCUUCGAAUCCAUUGAUAAAAGAAGUAUAUAAGAAGCUUAUGGAACCAAUAAAGGAGCACAUGUCCCGGUCUACGCUCGAGGGCCUUCAGAGGGUCUGCGCAGAGGAGCAUAUGGCUUUCGCUGUAUUAGAGACAGGAGUGGACUCACGCAGAGGAGAGUUGCCUUGCAAGAUAAUGCGCUUACCAACCACAGCGAUUCCCGCCACUAUGGCCAUGCCGAUUACAAAGGGUAAUCCCUACAAGAGAAUUCUCAGCCGCUAG